CCAGGGUGCUGAACUUUGUCGAUGAGGUAAUACCCCCAUCUCAGGUUAACUGGAUGAGCUAUUUUUCUCCAGCCACCACAAUGAGGAGACAGGAGAACCAGCCACCCAGGCAAACAGCAAGCUGCAUGUCUGUGCCGCUGUUCAACCAGAAGAAGAGAAGCAGAGUUCCUCUGACCUCUGCUCCCUCUGAGAAUGAAUUCUUCUCCCACAGUGAAUACAAUGCAAGCAGCAGCUCAGCUGCACCUCACAGCUCUUCAGGUACAUUUGGAUGUUACCAGGCCUCAGUUCCGGCCUCUAGUGCUGCACAAAGCCCCCAGUGGAAAAGGCAGGACGUCCCACAAUCUGCUCCACCCCCGCAGUACGUCAGCAACAGACCUGCUCCGGGCCCUUCUCCUCCAAUCAGAGCCCAUAAACCCAUACCUCAUCCAUACAAAGUUGGAGGCACAAGCUCUCAGAUGGGACAGCCCAGCAACCCAGGGAGACCGAGGGAGUUCAGCCCUGGUGUUAACUCCACACAGAGCAAAUUUAAAGAUCCCCACUUCAGCGAGAGUGCACCAAUGAAGCCAACACCCCAUUCUGGGUUCUCUCCGAUGGCUCAGCAGUCAUCCUACAGACAGCUCACUCUCAACAAUCAGUAUCCCAAGCAGCCCAGACCUCUGCCUGCUCCUGUCCCCCCCCCCAGCAGGCCCUCUGCUCCCCUUGCAGCGCAGCCACAAAACAAAUCCUGGAACUUUACCAACAGCUUCGGCCCGCAGAGACUUCCCUUUGAGGGAAACAGCAGCACAAUUAAAUCUCAGGCUGCACGACAAACUCACAACCAGCAGGACAAAUUUGCACAGAAGCCGGCCUUCGAGAACUCACUGAGGAUCCUGACUUCAGUCAUUAAUGGCAUGAGACACUGGAGCCAGUUUAAAGACAAAGUCCCGUACUUAUUUGAGAUAUUUGCUACUCUCGACUCUGCGGUCACACUGGGUCGCCACGGAGCCAAGAACUUCCUCAUGAGAGACGGGAAGGCGGUGGUGCAGUGUGUCUUCUACGAAACUGAGCAGGAACUGCCCCGUCUGAUCCGAGGUCAGGUGCAUCGCUGUGUGGGGAACUAUGACCGCAGCAGGGACGUCCUGAUGUGUGUGUCCGUCCGCCCCGGCCUGCCCUCAGAGCUCAGGAACGCUCAGGAGGCCGUGAAGGCCUGCGACGCUGAGAUGAGAGGGCUGGUCAAAUUACUCAGUGAGGUCUGAGAAACAUUACUGUGGCAUCUAAACCAGUACGACACUGAUCAGGAAAAUGAUACUAGUGUUUGAUGAGUCGUUAUAUAGUAAUAGAUUACUGUAGUUAGAGGUAGUAGUUUAAAAAGAAUGUUUUAGGUAUUAUUACAGUUUGUUUUAGCUGUGAAGGGCGCUGUUGUGCUGUUAUACUGAACUUUAACAGUUGAAUUCCUUUGCAAAGGUUUGGCUUUGAUGUUCUUAUAUUUAUUUA